UCAUACACAUGCAACUAAACAUCUGACCUCUGACCAUGACAUUGUCUGAAUGUGUCGCAAUGAAUGUUGUGUGGACAUUUUGGUAAAAUCAGCUUUCAGGUAGCUGGCUACGACGAAAGCAAGUAAACAGUUUGUGAAAUUCUGAACAUGUUUUGAGAGGGAAAAUAUCUAAGUCACACUGCUCGAGACUUCCUACUGUUAAUAACAGUGCGCCGUGGUGCGUGCCGUUUCGCCCCGUAAACAUCGUUGCGUGAGUGAGUGGGUGUGUGACUGUGCAUCUUGGCUGAUGGUAAAACCGUAUGGAAGUUUGACAGCAUGUAAAGAGUGCCAUAUUGUGAUUGUACAUUCUCAUUCGGUGAGCAUAUUGAAGGCAUUUUGAAUUGGUACGACGAGUAGGCCCCUAUCCUACGGAGCUUACUACAAUCCCGUCUUUUGACGUUUUGUUUCUUGUCAUGGCAGAUAUGGCAGCUGAUUCUGAUGCUGCUCACUUUCAAGAAGACAACAAGGGACUUGAAAAAGAUGAAGGUCCAGUCUUGACAAACGGAUCAUCACACACGCCACUGAUUCCACAAUACCAAGGUGUUGACACUAGCUUCGCAGCUGAUGACGGUGGUGAGGAAACAACAGAAAGACCAGAUGAAGAAAACGAUAAUAACGAUGAGAGUCUGGAUUACAGUGAUGGGGAUGGUGGAAACACUGAAGGAAACUAUGAUGUUAACAGUGAUAAAAACAGUGGCGGAGACAGCUUGAGUGAAUCUGGAAGCUACUCACCAAACGCUGACCAGCUUGGUGAUGAAGACGAUUCCCUUCUAGAGCAAGGUACAUACAGAACGCGCCCCGUUGUAGAUGAGCCUGAUUUCAUAGAGGUGGGUCAUAUUAAUGAGGGGAAUCUUGAGGAAGAUGACCUUGACCAAGUCCAGGGUGAUCCCAAUCAGUUUAUGGACGACCCGAUCGACCACGCUGUGCAUGACAUGUGCGAUGAUAGUGAGAGUGAUUUAGGAAGCUAUCAUAUCAACUCUGACAAUGAUGAGGUCGAUGGGGACGCUGAUAGUGAACUCAGCGAUGCUGAGUAUGACAUGAGUAGUGGUGUGGACUCGGAUGAGGCUGAUAAUACUGUGGAGCUAUUGAGAGUAAAGUAUAACACCAGGCAAGAUAAUCCUAUACUGCCAGACACUGUGAGCGUGCUGGAAGUACAGGGUGGUGGCAAGGUGUAUUUAGUCGGCACGGCGCACUUCAGCGAGAAAAGCCAACAAGAUGUUGCUGAGAUAAUACAAGCUGUCCAACCUGAUGUUGUCAUGGUGGAGCUGUGUAAAGGACGUCUUAGUAUCUUACAGCUGGAUGAGGAAACAUUACUUGAAGAAGCUAAAGAUCUGAACAUAGAGAAACUCCGGAUUUCUAUCAAGCAGCAUGGGAUCAUCGGUGGUGUAAUGCAGGUUUUAUUGCUACACAUGUCGGCUCAUCUCACUAAGGAGCUAGGUAUGGCACCUGGAGGAGAGUUCAGAAGGGCUUUCAAAGAGGCACAGAAAGUUCCAGGCUGCAAAGUUCAUCUUGGUGAUAGACCCAUUCAGAUUACUCUGAACAGAGCCAUGGGUGCAUUGACAAGCUUCCAGAAGCUACGCUUAGCUUGGUGUCUUCUCACCAGUAAAGACCCAAUCACUCCUGAAGAUGUGGAACGCUUCAAGCAGAAAGAUCUCUUGAUGGAACUACUGGAGGAGAUGAUGGGGGAGUUCCCUGCGUUGAGUCGGGUCUUUGUGUCGGAGAGAGACGUCUUCUUAGCCAACUCACUCAGGGUGUGUUCCCAACCAAUGUCACAUCCAAUGUAUGGGGGUUUGGUGAAUCCAGUUGUAGUUGGUGUUGUAGGAAUUGGUCAUAUGCCAGGCAUUACAGAGCAGUGGAAUAAAGCUGCAACGUUAGAAGAAAUCAAACAACUUAUGCGUGUUCCUCCACCGUCUAUGUCAGGGCGUGUGCUACGCUGGAGUUUGAGAGCUUCAUUGAUCGGGGUUCUGGCUUGGGGAUGCUACAAGUGCAUCAGAUGGAGUGGUGUUACAGAUGGUCUGUUGUAGUCAAGAAUGCCAUCAAGGUAACCAUUUAGUAACCAGGGACCAACUCCAUAAAGCCUGUAAGCAUAAACACUUACUUAGCUUGAAAAACUUUUACUUAGCAAUAAUGGGUUACCAACCAGAGUACCAUUCAGUUACCAUUACUGUGACUUGUAUACUGGUAAUUUUUUGCUUAGCUAAGAAAUUUGCUAAGCAGAAUUUUCUUCUGCUUACCAGCUUUAUGAAAUUGGGCCCUAAUGUGUCCAGAAUGUAUGAAAUUACACUAAAGAGAACCUGACAUUAUUGGGUAAGAAAUCCAUCUAGAUAACCUUUAAAGAUGUAAGGUUCUUUAUUUUGCUGGUUAGGCCCAAAAAUGGUAAAUUUUCAAUAGCUGUUUUUAAAGAUUCAGGAAAGUUAUCUAUGCUUUUAAUAUGGUGUUGCACAAAUAAAUUUGCCAAUGGUAAAGGUGGUGGUUAAUUAACAACUUCUUCUUAGCAACUAAAAAUUAAUUAUUGCACAAUCCCGACACACCGUGGCACAAUAACAAUAGUUUUUGUAGGUUUUCACUUUGUCAAAAGUUGUUCAGAGAUAAAAAAUUAAUAAACUUAUUUCGACCAAAAUCGGGCCUGCAACUUUAAUCAAGGUGUCUUAAAGGCGCUGGACACCUUUGGUAAUUUUCAAAGACUAGUCUUCUCACUUUGCUUACCUCAGCAUAUGCAUAAA